UCACAAGCAAGGCAAUGUCUUACUACCUCAACUCAGAAAACCACCUGGACCCAGGUCCCAUCUAUGUGCGAGAGAAUGGGCAGCUGCACAUGGUCAAUCUGGCCUUGGAUGGCGUCAGGAGUAGCCUGCAGAAGCCAAGGCCUUUCAGACUGUUUCCCAAAGGCUUUUCUGUGGAGCUUUGCAUGAACAGGGAAGAUGAUACUGCACAGAAAGAGAAAACCGAUCAUUUUAUCUUCACGUACACCCGGGAGGGGAACCUUCGGUACUCCGCCAAAUCCCUCUUCAGCCUAGUCCUGGGCUUCAUCUCUGACAAUGUUGAUCACAUUGAUUCCCUUAUUGGCUUUCCUGAGCAGAUUGCUGAAAAGCUAUUCUCUGCUGCUGAAGCCAGACAGAAAUUCACAGAGCCUGGUGCAGGGCUGAGAGCUUUACAGAAAUUCACCGAGGCCUAUGGAAGUCUGGUGCUUUGCUCCCUGUGUUUGCGAAACAGAUAUCUGGUGAUUUCGGAAAAACUUGAGGAGAUUAAGUCUUUCCGGGAGUUGACCUGCCUGGAUCUUUCCUGUUGCAAGCUUGGAGAUGAACAUGAACUUCUAGAGCAUCUCACCAAUGAGGCCCUAUCUAGUGUAACUCAACUCCACCUGAAGGAUAAUUGUUUAUCUGAUGCUGGGGUACGGAAAAUGACAGCACCAGUUCGAGUGAUGAAAAGAGGCCUUGAAAAUCUAUCAUUAUUAGACCUAUCUUGUAACCCUGAGAUCACAGAUGCAGGAAUUGGAUACCUCUUUUCUUUUAGAAAACUAAACUGCUUAGAUAUCUCUGGAACAGGGCUCAAGGACAUCAAAGCUGUCAAACACAAGCUCCAGACCCACAUAGGCCUUGUCCACUCCAAAGUGCCUCUGAAGGAAUUUGAUCACAGUAACUGCAAGACUGAGGGCUGGGCUGACCAGAUUGUCCUGCAGUGGGAGCGUGUGACUUCGGAAGCUGUGAAGCCACGAGAAGCCUUGGAACCUCGAAAGGCAGCUCAGCACUUCUAUGGGAAGCAGGCUCGGACAGAAACCCCAGUGAAGUAUCCCCUGGCAGACACCCACAUGAACUCUUCUGAGAAACUCCAGUUCUAUAGAGAGAAAGCCCCAGACUGCCAUGGGCCAGUGUUGAAACUCGAAGCUGUCUCAAGCCAGGAGUCAAAGAAGAGCAAGAAAAGAGGUUUUGAGGAACCAGAAAAGGAACAGAGUAACUCUUCACAGUCUUCAAAGCAGAAAUACGUGUGUCUCACUGUGGAAGACUGGGACUUGUUAAAUUCCUAUUGAUUGGCAGAUAGAAGUUGACCUUUCCCCCUGCCAACUCUAAUGUACGAGAAAAGGGGGCUAAUGUUUUCCUCUUUGUUUGAAUUUACCUAUGAUAUUAGCAUAGCAAGCAGAUAUUUCUACUUUUGUGGUGGGGGAGGGGAAUGCUAUGGAAGUAUGUAAUAAUUUCUAAUGUAUAUUUUCAAUACAUAGUAAUUUUUUCAAAUAAACAUUUUUGCUGUCCUUAA